AUGGCUCCAGUCACGCACCAUUAUGGGAUUGUGGCUGCUCUUACUUUAAAUAAUUUCUGUUGCAGGGAAACACAAGCAGAGGCCAAUUCUCGUCUUCAAGAGAACUCUAAACCCACGAAUGAGGCAAGGACCUUCAACCCUGAAGUUACUCUAUCUUUUGAAGGAAAUUUGAACUUGGAGGACAUUCUCUACCUGGGGGACACAGGUGACCUAGACGAGACAUGGUAUGAGGAAGAAACUGAGAAGCCUGGGGAUAUACUAUAUAUUGAGGAGACUAGGCAGCCAGAGGAAUCUCUGUAUGUGGAUGAACCUGUGAAGCCAGAGGAGACGCCGCAUGGGGAGGAGACCGUGAAGCCAGAGGAGACACUGCGUGUGGAGGAGACGCCGCAUGGGGAGGAGACCGUGAAGCCAGAGGAGACACUGCGUGUGGAGGAGACGCCGCAUGGGGAGGAGAUUGUGAAGCCAGAGACACAGGGUGUGGAGGAGACACCACAUGGGAAGGAGAUUGUGAAGCCAGAGGAGACACUGUGUGUGGAGGAGACUCUGCAUGGGGAGGAGACUGUGAAGCUAGAGGAGGCACUGUGUGUGAAGGAGACACAACAUGGGGAGGAGAUUGUGAAGCCAGAGACACAGGGUGUGGAGGAGGGGAAGCCAGAGGAGAUGCAGUGUGUGGAAGAAUCCAUGAAGCUAGAAGAGACCAUAAGCCCAGAGCAGACUGUUUAUGGGGGAGAGACAGUCAUGAGCAUGGAGGAACGCACCCCUGAGAACCUCAGAACAGGGUCUAGCCCCAGCACUGAGGAGAGCCUGAGCAUAGAGGACCUAGAAUUGCUAGAGGGUCGUUUCCAGCAGUGUAUCCAAGCUGUGGCCCAGCUGGAAGAGGAGCGGGAUCACCUCGUCCAUGAGCUGGUGUUGCUCCGGGAACCCGCCCUGCAGGAGGUGCAGCAAGUCCAUCAGGACAUCCUGGCUGCCUACAAACUACAGGCCCAAGCAGAGCUCGAGAGGGAUGGGUUAAGGGAGGAGAUCCGGCUGGUCAAGCAGAAGCUGUUCAAAGUGACAAAGGAGUGUGUGGCUUAUCAAUACCAGCUGGAGUGCCGCCAACAGGACGUGGCCCAGUUUGCCGAUUUCCGGGAAGUGCUGACCACUCGAGCGGCCCAGCUGUCGGAGGAGCUGGCCCAGCUCAAGGAGACCUACCUGAAACAGAAAGAGCAAUUACAGCAACAACUAGAGACACCUCCCAGCCAGAGCGAUGGGCACUUUCUCCAGGAGAGCCGACGGCUCUCUACCCAGUUUGAGAACCUCGUGGCAGAGAGCCGUCAGGGCCUGGAAGAUGAGUAUGAGCCUCAGCUGCUGCGGCUCCUGGAGAGGAAGGAAGCUGCAACCAAAGCACUACAGAAAACCCAGGCUGAGAUCCAGGAGAUGAAAGAGGCUCUAAGGCCCCUGCAAGCAGAGGCCCAGCAGCUCCACUUGCAGAACAGAAACCUGGAGGACCAGAUCACACUUGUGCGGCAAAAACGAGACGAGGAGGUGCAGCAGUACCGGGAACAGCUGGAAGAAAUGGAAGAACGACAGAGGCAGUUAAAAAGUGGGGUGCAACUCCAACAACAGAAGAACAAAGAGAUGGAGCAGCUAAGGAUCAGCCUUGCUGAAGAACUUGCAACUUAUAAGGCUAAGCUACCCAAGAGCCAGGAACAGGAUAAUGAUCCCACUCCUCAGGCAGGUGGAAUCGAGACACAAUCUCAAGGGGCUGUUUAGAAACAUAUGGCCGAAUAUGUAACCCAGAAACAACAAAACCUUCUUAACAAAGGAUCAUUAAGUACAACAUACUUUUUUUUCCCAAAUAGAGAAGGGAGUGCCAGGGAAUUGGCAAGCAGUUCCUUGGGAAAGUUUCAAGUAUUGGCUGAACUGUUUUAAAAAGAUUCUAGGCCUGGCUGGAGGCAGAACACCGCCAACCUGCUCUUAGUUGGAUACUAUUUCAUAGACUGCAGUACUGAUCUCAAUGCGGAGAAGAGGAAGGAGUGUCCCAUGCGGCGGCAGCAGCAGCCCUCACACUGAUUAAAGGAUCCUUGCAGUGUUGUGAAGAUCUGUCUUGCCUGAUACUGACACAAACCAGAAACAUUUUUGGCGUCCAGGAGGGAUCAAAAAGGCAACCAAUUUUUAUCACAAAAGUUUACAAUUUGAGUAUUCUCAAGCCAUGAGUGUUAACACUUUCAAUGAAUCCUUUUAUAGCAUUUACCUUUAAGUCUAAGUUGACUCAUAGCUUACUCAUAAUUCACAAUAACUUUCAUUAAUUCUCUAAAAGAGUUACUGACUUGGUGAAAAGGAACUAAACCAGAUUUGAACCUAAAAGCUAAAUAAGGAUAUUCAGAUUUCUCUAAAGAUUUUACACCAUGAAAAUGACUUUGGGUCAGCAGGAUCUACUCAGUUAAAUUGAAUGCAAAAGAAUCAGGCAUUUUACCUGGUUAUGGCACUUGUUAGAAUCUAUUAUUUCUAACUUCUACGUACAGCAUCCAGUGAAAAACAUACUGGGGAGACUCAACCUUUGUGAGAAAAGGUUCAAACUUCUGAAAAUUUAAAUUUGCCUUAAAUUCUCUUUGCCACACUGCCUUUGAUGUUCUAGAAAGUCCAUGUAGUUCUCUAGAGAUACUGACUUCAAAAAGAUGGUUAUCAAAGACUAAUCCAUGUACCUCUGAUUCAGUGUUUUUAUGUUUUUCACUUCCUGGGAAGGAGUAAAAUCUCUUUUCUAUUGUUCUGAGUCUAUUACAUUUAAUUCUGCUCUUCAGUGUCAAAGAUCACAGAAAACAAUUGUGACCUGAACAAUUCUUCUAGAAGCCAGGAAUUGGUGUUCGAUAGAUAUUGUAUACUAAAUAAAACCCACCAGCAUGGGGUUAUAUAGAAAAGCAAUUUAUUCCAUUGUAAGCACUUACACAGUUAGUCAUGGAGAGUAACAGGCCUGUUGGCAAAACAGGUCACCCAAACAGAGAUGGUAUCAAACUAGUGGUAAAGGACUAACUCCUAUUUAAAAAAAAAAAAAAAA